UCACUUCCUUUCAAGUGACUUCAGUUUAAGCUCAGAACCUUCCCACAAUUUCCUUGACUUAAUUUCCCGCAUCCACCCUAAAUAGCAUUAGAAAGAGAGAUAAAAAAAUGGGUGCUAAUAAUCUUCUCUUUAUGUACCUUAUUUGUGGCCUACUUUUAUUCAUUUUAAUUAAAACACAGAGGAGAAAAUUAGCAAAACCAACAUCAAGUCUGCCUCCAGGUUCAAUGGGAUGGCCUUAUGUAGGGGAAACCCUACAGCUCUACUCACAAAACCCAAAUACCUUCUUUGCCACAAGGCAAAAUAGAUAUGGAGAUAUAUUCAAGUCCCAUAUUCUUGGCUGUCCCUGCAUAAUGCUAGCUAGCCCGGAGGCUGUCCGGUUUGUAUUGGUGUCAAAGGCACAUCUAUUCAAGCCGACAUACCCUCCGAGCAAGGAAAAAUUAAUCGGUCCAUCUGCACUUUUCUUCCACCAAGGUGGUUACCAUGCCAAAAUCAGAAAAUUAGUCCAAGCCUCAUUAUCUUUGAACGUCAUCCGAAACUUGGUCCCAGACAUUGAAGCCAUUGCCAUAUCUGCCUUGAAGUCAUGGUCUGGUGGACAAGUUACUAAGACCUUUUGGGAAUUAAAGAAGUUUACCUUUGAUGUUGCUGUUUUGUCCAUCUUUGGACAUUUGGAGGCUCACUACAAAGAAAUGCUCAAAGAAAACUACAAUAUACUUGACAAAGGUUAUAAUUCUUUCCCUACAAAACUACCUGGAACUUUGUACCAUAACUCGGUCUUGGCAAGGAGAAGGCUAAGCUUAAUUCUUGGUGAGAUAAUAAAGGAGAGGAAGGAGAAGAAAUUUGUAGAGAAUGAUCUUCUGGGUAGUUUAUUGAACUUCAAAGACGCCGAGGGACAAAACUUAAGCCAAAAUGAAAUAGUUGAUAAUAUUAUUGGUGUGUUGUUUGCGGCUCAAGACACUACGGCUAGUCUCCUUACAUGGAUUCUCAAAUAUAUCCAUGAUGAUUCAAAGCUUUUAGAAGCUAUUAAGAUAGAACAAAAGGCAAUUUAUGAUUCAAAUGAUGGAGGAAAGCAUCCGCUGACUUGGGCUCAAACCAGAAAUAUGCCUGUUACAAAUAGGGCUAUAAUGGAGAGCUUGAGGAUGUCUAGCAUUAUUUCUUUCACCUUUAGAGAAGCUAUUGAAAAUGUCGAAUAUAAAGGAUAUUUAAUUCCGAAAGGAUGGAAGGUACUGCCUUUGUUUCGGAACAUUCAUCACAAUCCUGAUUUUUUCACUGAACCGCAUAAUUUUAAUCCAUCCAGAUUUGAGGUUGGAUUAAAACCCAAUACAUUCCUGGCAUUUGGUAAUGGAUCACAUGCCUGUCCUGGAAACGAAGUUGCCAAGCUCCAAAUGCUUAUUUUGAUCCACCAUCUAGUUAACAACUUCAGGUGGACAGUAGUAGAGUCCAGUAAUGGGGUUGAGUAUGUCCCAUUUCCAGUACCUGAGCAAGGACUUCCAGCUAAGUUUUGGAUAGAUCCACCACCCAACCACAACAUGGGAGGGCAUCACACAACAUAGAGAAAUACUUCCCCGUCAUACCGUCUCAUUUCAUAGGCCUUUGUAAUAAUAUUUGUGACGGUAGAAGUUGGUCCUUGUGCCUUUCAUAUUGAUGUAAUUGAUAUAAGUUUUUGUCACAUAGAGUUUCUAUCUCUUAAUUUGUUGUAAUAUUAUAUUUAAUAUAAUAUUAUUUUUAUGAAU